AUGCUAGUUCUGGUUUUUGCAAUUAUAUUUGUACGCGAAACAAAAUGUUUGGUGACCCAAUUUGUAGAGGUUACCAAGUUGCCACUGAACCAUAUCAACGACAUGAACAACUUGGCUCAGUUUGAUGAUGCACAGCACCGAGGCCCGCAGUGGUACGACUACUCCGUGGACCCUAUCGACCUCGCCAGUUCCUUGCACUCUGAGAAAAGUGAAACUAUAUCAAUUUCAAAGGAUUAUUCGUCGACUGAAGAACAAUCGCACGAUUCAGCAUCAGAAACAGAUGAAAAGAGACAAACCUUUCAGAGGUACCGGACCUGUCAUCCUUGUCCUCAGGACAUGUUGAAGAAGUACACGAACGUUGGCAUCAAGUGGAUAUGUGCUGCUUACCAGAACGCCAGAAGAAGCUUCAAGAGUCAGUGCAUGCUGAGAUACAGAACUGCCAGGAUGGCACCAUGUUUGUGAAGAUCCACGAACAUAAAUGUAGGAAAGACCCGUACCAUGGACGGAGCUGGUUCUAUGGCUACAAAGUAUAG